GCCACGCUGGGGGGACCGCGGGAGCCCUCUGGGUUCAGGGCCGCUGGCCGUCACCCGCCGCUUGGUGUGCGGGCUCGCUUCAGGACUGGGAGACUCGGCGAGGAGCCGUAAUGGCAUUUCACUGAACUGGAGCCACGAGCCAGGAUUUGUUCUAAGCGCUUUAUCUACAGCAGCUCGUGUAUGGAUAGCCCCGCUGCUGACCUGCCUUAGAAAGCGGAGCUCGCAGCCGCUGCCGGGAGAUGUUCACUCUGCCUCAGAAGGAACCCAGGGCACCUACCACCUGUCCGGGCCCAGCCUCCACACAGGACCUGGACAGUAACCAUGGGGAUGGUCUGGAAAGAGAAUGCUCCCGAAAACCAGACCGGAAGCUGCCAGAGUUCGGUGGAGUGGGUGAUCCCACCGCCAGGGUGUUCUCUCACAGCCCCUACCUGUCCUCCAGAGGAAGCGUCAUUAAAUGGUUCUGGGACUCAGCUGAGGAGGGCUACAGCACCUACCACAUGGACAAGUAUGAUGAGGCUAAGAACCCCAGUGGCAUCAUUAACUUGGGCACCAGUGAGAACAAACUCUGCUUUGACCUGCUGUCCAGGCGGCUGAGUCAGAGCGACAUGCUGCGGGUGGAGCCGUCUCUGCUGCAGUACCCUGACUGGAGGGGACAUCUGUUCCUCCGGGAGGAAGUGGCCAGAUUCCUGUCUUUCUACUGCAAGAGCCCUGCACCCCUGAAACCAGAGAAUGUGGUGGUUCUGAACGGCUGUGCCUCUCUCUUCUCUGCUCUGGCCACAGUGCUGUGUGAGGUGGGGGAGGCCUUCCUGAUCCCUGCCCCUUACUACGGAGCCAUCACACAGCACGUCUAUCUCUAUGGCAGCGUCCGACUGGUCUGUGUCUAUCUGGACAGUGAGGCCACUGGGCUGGACACACGCCCCUUCCAGCUCACAGUGGAGAAACUGGAGAUGGCCCUGCAGAGAGCUAAUUCUGAGGGUGUGAAGGUCAAAGGCCUCAUCCUUAUCAACCCCCAGAACCCUCUGGGUGACGUCUACUCCCCAGGAGAGCUGCGGGACUACUUGGAAUUUGCCAAGAGGCACAAGCUUCACGUGAUGGUGGAUGAGGUCUACAUGCUGUCCGUGUUUGAGGAGUCAGCGGCGUACCACAGUGUUCUAAGCCUGCAAGGGUUGCCUGACCCCCAGAGGACGCACGUGAUGUGGGCGACCAGCAAGGACUUUGGGAUGUCAGGGCUCCGCUUCGGCACGCUGUACACAGAGAACCGGGACGUGGCUACUGCGGUGGCCUCCCUCUGCCGCUAUCACGGCCUCAGUGGCCUGGUCCAGCACCAGAUGGCACAGCUGCUCCGGGACCGUGACUGGAUCAACCAGGUGUACUUACCUGAGAACCGUGCCCGGCUCAAGGCCGCCCACGCCUAUGUGGCAGGAGAGCUCCGGGCCCUGGGGAUCCCCUUCCUGAGCCGCGGGGCAGGCUUCUUCAUCUGGGUUGACCUGAGGAAGUACCUGCCAGAGGCCACCUUUAAGGAGGAAAUGCUGCUUUGGCGCCGCUUUUUGGACCACAAGGUGUUGCUGUCCUGUGGCAAGACCUUCGAGUGUAAAGAGCCUGGCUGGUUCCGCUUGGUCUUCUCAGACAAGGCCCACCGGCUCCGCCUGGGAAUGCAGAGGGUCCGGCGGGUGCUGGAGGACAAACCCAAGGUGCGAGAAGACCCCGCUCCCUGUGGGAGCCAGGACGCAGGGGGCCAGCGCAGGUGAGCCUGUCGUUGCCUAGUGACGGGCCUGAGCAUUUGGGGCUGUGAAGACUGAUGGUGGGCGACUCCGCAGAGGGCAGGGCCUUGCCCUUGAAGAAGAACCAUCCCUUGCCUCUCAUCGGCAGGAGAGACCCCUCCCUGGUGUUUUUGACGCAGCCCCACCCCCUCUAUUAAACAGACUGGGAGAAGCUA